AUGCCUGUCGCUGCCACUACUACAUCCGGCCUCUUCUCUGACGGUGUCACCACCUCUGUCUCUGACCAUGAUCAGACUCAUCGUAAGGCCGACUUCGCUCAGUUCGAGCAAGACAAAGCGUCAUUCAGUUCGAGAGAGGCUCAGAGGCAGCAGCAAGAGGCCGAGGACUUCCACUAUCAUUACAGCGAGGCUAGCGUCAAUGAGGAGGAUCCAAACCAGAGGGCGUGGAAGGAUCAUUGGGGUAUGACUGAGAAGAUGGACUGGAACAGCCUAGCUGAGAAGAGAGAUGGUAAGAGAAAGCACGGCGUCGUUUGCAGCAUCUUGUAG